AAGGAUAAGGAACCACAUGCUAUAUAUCUAUCUCCAUCACAGAACCCACUUCAAUUUCUUUAUACUCCACCAAACAUCUCCGUCAUUCUCCACCAAUCCACCUAACGUACUCAUUAUACCACAAAGCUUUCCACCCUAUACCACUUUAAAUUAACCAUGAUUAAAAUGGCUGUCUUGUCUCCCAACUCCUCUCUCAAUUUCAAUUCAAAUCCUAAUUGUAUUUGAAGGUUACUCUUUCACUACCAUUUCAACCUCAAACAAGAAAAAGAAACCAUGUGCAGAGCCUUUCAAUCAGAGGUUUAUUAGCAGCAAAUCCAGCAACUACACCUUUCAAUUUCAGCAAAACAAAUCAAAGGUUAAAAUAUUUCAAUUUCAGUACCACAAACAUUUUCAGACUUCAAAUUCAUGAUAAGCAAUAACAAACCUUUUCAUCCACAUAGGUAUACAUAUCGAUUAUACUUAUAUGAAAUCACUCAGAAUUUAUAUAUGUACAUAUGCAUAUUUUAAGUAUAACUUGAGUUGGGAUGUUGCUGUUGGAUUUGAGUGAGUAUCUGAGUCAGUGCGGCGUCGGGACUGCUGGCCGUCCGGCCGAAUGGAGAAGAAACAGAGGACCGGCGGUGGCGGCUCUCGCUGCUGCUCGCCGGAAUCGGAGAUGAGGCAAUAGAAGCUUUGGGGCUUUGUUUGAGCUCGGCGGCGGCGGCUUUCCGGUCGUGCGGUCUGACGGCGAUAGUGAACCAACAAUAGUCUAAAGUUUCUUUUUGCUGUUUUCGUUUUCAUUUAUCAAUGGAUACACUGCUGAGUCUUCAAGCUGUGCCGGCAGCCGCCGCUAUCGGCGGACCUGUGGUGGCUAUAGGUGGAAUCACUUUGUUUUUCAUCAGAGAAUAUGUCAAGGAUCAAAGGAAAAAAUCUUCCAGCUUCCCUCCACCGCCUAAGGUACCAGGCUUACCAGUAAUUGGAAAUUUGUUGCAAUUAAAAGAGAAGAAGCCCCACAAGACUUUCACCAAAUGGUCUGAGAAAUAUGGUCCAAUAUAUUCUAUAAGGACAGGCGCCAACACCAUGAUUGUGCUCAACACUAAUGAUGUUGCCAAAGAGGCUAUGGUCACGAAAUACUCAUCUAUCUCAACUAGAAAACUCUCGAAAGCUUUGACAAUCCUCACUUCUGAUAAAAGUAUUGUUGCUAUGAGUGAUUACAAUGAAUUUUACAAGGCAGCCAAACGCCAUUUGCUUACAAGUACUCUUGGACCUACUGCUCAGAAACGCCACCGUGUCCACAGGAAUUUAAUGAUAAAUAACAUAUGUGAUCAGUUUCUUGCUCAUGCCAAAAUGUAUCCUUCCGAAGCAGUAAACUUCAGGAAAAUAUUUCAGUCUGAGCUCUUCGGAUUAUCAAUGAAACAAGCUAUUGGGGAAGACGUUGAAUCCAUUUAUGUGGAGGACCUAGACACCACCUUGUCAAGACAAGAGAUGUUCAAGAUACUAGUUGUUGACCCUAUGGAAGGUGCUAUUGAUGUGGACUGGAGAGAUUUCUUCCCCUAUCUCAAGUGGAUUCCUAACCAACACUUCGAAAACAAGAUUCAGCAGAUGCAUUUCCACAGGGAGGCAGUCAUGAAGGCCCUCAUCGAGCAGCAGAAAAAACGUAUUGCUUCUGGCAAGGCAAUCAACUGUUAUCUAGAUCAUCUGUUAUCCGAAGCUGCAGACACAUUAUCGGAGCAGCAAAUACUGAUGCUUCUAUGGGAAGCCAUCAUCGAAGCAUCGGACACGACGUUAGUGACCACAGAAUGGGCCAUGUAUGAACUUUCUAAAGAUCCAAAAAGACAGAACUAUCUGUUGUCGGAAAUCCAAAAUGCAUGUGGAUUCGACCAACUCAACGAGGAAAAGCUAUGCCAGCUACCAUACUUGGCCGCAAUUUUCCAAGAAACACUGCGAAAGCACAGCCCCGUCCCGGUAGUCCCGCUGCGGUACGUGCACGAAGAAACGCAGUUAGGAGGGUAUACCAUUCCCGAAGGCAGCGAGAUUGCUAUAAACAUAUAUGGAUGUAACAUGGACAAGAAUGUGUGGGAUAGCCCUGAAGAGUGGAGGCCGGAAAGGUUUGUCUUCGGUAAGGAUGAUACGACGGAGUUGCACAAGACGAUGGCAUUCGGCGGGGGGAAGAGAGUAUGUGCUGGAGCUCUUCAAGCCAUGACAAUCUCUUGUAUAGCAAUUGGUAGAUUGGUGCAAGAGUUGGAGUGGCGACUCGGUGAUGGAGAAGAAGCAAAUGUAGACACUUUGGGGCUAACUACUCAUAAGCUUCAUCCUUUGCAAACAAUCAUAAAGCCACGACUAAGGGAUCGUGUGUGUGUCUCAUAGAUUCGGAUCGGAUGAACUUUGUUUGCAGUUAUUUUUCCUAUUUUCUGAAAGUUAGUCGAACUCUUUUGUGCUAUUGCAUGGGAAAUUGUGUAGUCUUGUAUUGGACCACACCAUCCCAUAUUCUCAUCUUACGCUAUCUUUUUUUUAGAAUAAUUUGUGGUACGAGAGCAUCUCCAAUCUCCGAUGCUAGAGCUCUUUUAUUGUUUAGCUCACCUUUGGUUGAGUGUUUUUAAAGGUUGAAAAGAGAUUCAAUUAAUUGAAUCCAUUAAA